CAAUGAUAUACUCAGAUGGCUGAAUGAAAAAUUCUGUUAUUUCUGCAUCCAUUUUCUUCCUCCUCCCCUUCUUUCUCUUUCUCUUUCUCCCUCUCUUUCUGAAUGAAGGUGGAUCAUUUGUGGAGCAAACGACGACCUUCCUAAUACCCCAUCCUUAACAUGUCCAUGCCACGCAAGAAAACACUUCCACCUGAUAUCCUUCGUGUCUUGGUAGAAUAUAUACCCAGUAACUCUGAUUUGAUAUCAUUGGGUUUGGCUUGUGGAAGGGCUACCAUUCAUUCUCUACAAGCGGUUUGGAAAUGCCCUCGACCAAAUAGCCUGGGAGCCGUGGAAAAAUUGACACACAUCGUCCAGCUUUCAUCGGAAUCCAAAACGUGCAAUAAGGGCAGCCAACAUCUGCCAUAUUACUAUGCUUGGAUCACUGGAUAUGAUUUUUCGGCGCUGGAUCAAGAAUCUGCAGCGCAGGUGAAGACCGCUGAUUUAUCAAUCCUCUUCACUGCACCAUCCUUGCCUUUCGACACACUGAACACCAGUCAAUUGUUGGCUUUGCCACCUGCGCUUGUUGAGCGCCAUAUUUCGUCUCUUAAAGAGCUGAAUAUGUCUUCAUGUACACAGUAUUGCUCAGCUGCCUUAAUACAAAUUUUGACACGUAGCAGCAUAUCUUCUAUUUUAACCAAGCUGGAUUUAUCUAAUUGUUCGGUCAACGACGCCGUCAUAAUACAAAUCUCACGAACUCAUACACGUCUCCGACGCCUCAACCUGCAGCAUAGUGGCAAUAUUUCAGACUCUGCCAUUCUGGCAUUAGCUGACCAUUGCCUCGACCUGGAGGAGUUGAUCAUUAGCCUACCGCACGGCAUAGUGCAAAGUAAUAAGAUCACCGACAAAUCUCUAACGAUUCUCGCUCAAUCGUGUUCUCGAAUGAAAGUCGUGGUAUGUAGAGGUCAAACUCGGAUCUCCGAACUCACCACGUUGGCCUUCCAGAAGUCUUGCCCUCUACUGCAGACCUACGAUUUUUCAACCGAACAAAAAUCCAACAUUUAUUGAUACAUAUAUCUCCAGGCGCUUUCUUUUUUUCUUUUUCAUAUCUCCACCGAUCCAUUUCCCCCCAUUUAAGUGGCUAAUACGCCUUCCGUUUGAUACACAUCUGCGAUAUCCGCCACAUUCCUUUGUAGAUAGUACGGUAAUAGAAAUCUACUACUUCAUCACAAUAGAAUUUUUCAUUUUCAUAUAAAAAAGUAGUCUAAAGCUUUCGGGCUUUGUUACUUGUAACAAAAAA